AUCCGACGCGGCGACGCAGGAGGUUGUUGUUUUUUAUUUGGAUCGUUGGAAGUCACUGUUGGAGAAGUCAGGAAACAAUUGAGUCUAAAAAUAAGGUUUAAAUAUCCAAGACCGCUUGGACAUCGCUGCCUCUACGUCCAGUCCAUCCCCUGAGAUCGUUUCGUCAGGGGGAUGUCAGCAGCCCGUCUCCUGCGCUUGGCGAGGUGCAGCGGUCCUCCUGUAGGAUCUUUACAUAAGGCUCCUGUUUCGCUACCAUUUCAGCGUGACGGCUACAAAAAGGAAUUCCCAAUCUUCUGCAGGCAGCUUUAUGGUCCCUCAGGAAGACGGUGCAGCAACACACGGUUUGAUCCAGAUAGCAGUGGCCACGUUACUACCUGGGAUUCAUUUGGCAUCUGGGAUAAUCGUAUCGACGAGCCCAUCCUGCUUCCUCCCAGCAUCCGUUAUGGAAAGCCUAUUCCCAAAGUCAGCCUAUCAAAGGUAGGCUGCGCUUCCCUUAUUGGUCAGCGCAAGGAGAAUGAGGACCGUUUCCAGGUCUCUCAAAUGACUGACAGCAUCCUCUACUUUGCCGUGUUUGAUGGGCACGGUGGACCUGAAGCUGCUGACUUCUGCGAGAAGUUCAUGGAGAAGUUUAUCAAGGACCAUGUGGCAGAGGAAGACGACCUGGAAGAAGUUUUAACAAAAGCCUUUCUUGAAGUAGACAAGGCUUUUGCCAGGCACUUACACUUCUGUCCAAAUGGACCGGGGAUAAAUGCAGGAACCACUGCCACUGUGGCCCUGUUGAGGGACGGCAUCGAGCUGGUGGUUGCCAGUGUGGGGGACAGUCGUGCCAUGUUGUGCCGUAAGGGCAAGGCCCUUAAACUCACUGUGGACCACACGCCUGAGAGGAAGGACGAAAAGGAGAGGGUAAAGAAAAGUGGAGGCUUCAUCACCUGGAACAGUCUGGGACAGCCCAACGUCAACGGGAGGUUGGCAAUGACCCGCAGCAUUGGAGACUUUGACCUGAAGAAGACCGGAGUCAUUGCUGAACCAGAGACGAAGAAAAUUAAACUGCACCAUGUCCACGACUCGUUCCUGGCUCUGACCACAGACGGCAUCAACUUCAUUAUGAACAGUCAGGAGAUCUGCAACGUGAUCAACCAGUGCCAUGACCCCAGAGAAGCAGCUCAGAGAAUUUCUGACCAGGCUCUUCAGUACGGGACGGAGGACAACAGCACCAUCAUCGUGGUGCCGUUUGGCGCUUGGGGAAAGCACAAGAGUUCGGACACGAGUUUCUCCUUCAGCAGAAGUUUUGUGUCCAGUGGUCGCUGGGCCUGAUCAGCAGGUCGCUGGGCCUGAUCAGCAGGUCGCUGGAGUCCAAAGGUUCUGCUCUGAACCCAACGUGCAAUACACAAACAUUAAGCUGUUCACACAUUAAUACCUGACGGGCAGAACUUGUUGUUUAGAGCACUGAACUCAUGAUGUGCACUGAACUCACGAUGUGCACUAAACUCAUGAUGUGCACUAAACUCAUGAUGU